AUGGUCAAUGCUUUUCCAUCUCAACUGGUUAAAAGGCAGACUUCAUUUGGGAGAUGUCCGCCUCUAUUUCCUCAAGAUAUUCAAAUAAUCACUGAUGUAACACUUAAUCCUGAUCCUCCAAAAGCUAAUUCUCAACUCGAGGUUAAAGGUUCAGCAACGAUCAAUGAUGAUAUUGUUGAUGGCUAUGUAUUCAAAGCUCGAAUUUGUGAUACUGAUUUUGCUAAAUGUCAAUACCUCAGCACUAUACUCAUUUGCGAAACAACCCAGUGUCCAACUAAAGUGUUUAAUUUUGACGUGAUAUUUAAUUUAGAAAGUUUGCCUUCAUCAUACACCAUUGGG